AUGUAUGAGAAUCUGUAUACUUUACAAUUUAGCUUGGAGAGCUGCCUCGAUAUCCUUCUUCAUGUCCUUUGGCUCGGUGGUUGGAGAGUAUCUCUUGAUGACGUGUCCGUCUCUGCCGACGAGGAACUUGGUGAAGUUCCACUUGAUAGCAUCGACCAAGAAUCCUCCUUUCUCUUGCUUCAAGAACUUGUACAGUGGGUCCGCAUUGUCUCCGUUGACAUCGAUCUUCUGGAAAAGAGUUGGCUCAAACUUGAACUUGUCAGCGACGAAAGCUGCGAUGUCGAUCUCGCACGAUGGUUCUUGGCUUCCGAAUUGGUUGCAUGGGAAGGCGAGGACCUCGAGUCCGUCCUUCUUGUAACUGAAAUUGAGCAAUGA